UUGUUGCACAUGCGGAAGAGUUCCAUAUAAGAAAAAUCUUCUCCUUCCCUGAUUGGCUGUUCUGGCUACAGCGAUAGAACAGCCAAUCAGAGGAGGAGUUUGACUGGGAGCAACAAAAUGCAAAGUGAGCGGGAAUUCUUCAGUUGAGUCUGAGGCUGGAAACACUGAAACGUUUUAUUUACAAAAAUGCCCGCAACUUCUGAAAUACACGCCGGGGAGCUGCCGAAGCAGGACAGCUGUGAGAAAGAGGAAAAGCAGCGGCUGACGACGGCGGCCGAGAAGCAGAAAAACUCUGGAUUUUUCUGUGAUGAACAAGGAUAUCUGAGUCUGGUGGAGCACAUCUUGGAGAACGGCCGCUUAAAGGGGGACCGAACCAACACUGGAGUCCUGUCCUUGUUCGGCGCUCAAGUCAGAUACAGCCUGAGAGACCAGUUUCCUCUGUUGACAACAAAGAGAGUGUUCUGGAGAGGGAUCCUUGAGGAGCUGCUGUGGUUCAUCAGGGGAUCAACAAAUUCCAAGGAGCUGUCAGAAAAAGGAGUGAAGAUCUGGGAUGCCAACGGGUCUCGGGACUUCCUGGACAACCUUGGGUUCACUGAUAGAGAGGAGGGUGACCUAGGACCUGUGUAUGGUUUCCAGUGGAGGCACUUUGGUGCAGAAUACACAGACAUGCAUGCAGAUUACACAGGACAAGGUGUUGACCAGCUGCAGAAAGUCAUUGACACCAUCAAAACGAAUCCAGAGGACCGGCGCAUUAUCAUGUGUGCCUGGAACCCCAAAGACCUUCCUAGGAUGGCGCUGCCCCCCUGCCACGCACUCUGCCAGUUCUAUGUGUGCGACGGCGAGCUGUCGUGUCAGCUGUACCAGCGCUCAGCUGAUAUGGGAUUAGGGGUGCCUUUCAACAUCGCCAGCUAUUCACUUCUUACCUACAUGAUUGCACACAUUACAGGACUCAAGCCGGGCGACUUUGUUCACACCCUGGGAGAUGCUCAUGUUUACCUCAACCAUACUGAACCUCUCAAAGAGCAGCUUCAGCGAGAGAUCCGACCCUUCCCCAAACUGAGGAUCCUGAGAAAAGUGGAGAAAAUCGAUGAUUUCCGCACGGAGGACUUUGAGAUCUACGACUACAACCCACAUCCCACAAUCAAAAUGAAGAUGGCUGUUUAAACUCAAGUCACAAUGUUGUUAUGAAUGAACAGUAUGCUCUCCACUGUAAUGUAUGCCUGCUUCACUCAUGCUAAAAGUUCAGUUUUUUUUCUGUCUGAUUUGGGUGAACUCUGUUUUAAGCCUUAAGCACUUCAAAGUGUUUUUUUCUCUCUUCAAGUUCUUUGUUUUGUGUUUUAAAUGAUUAUCUAAGUCUGUAAAUAAAGAUGUUAACUUAGUCAGCUUGAGCA